AUGGAACGCUUUUGUUCAACUCAAAACAUCACCGAGCUUCCAGGUUUGGCUCACUUUACCCCUCUUUAUAUGAUAAUACUAUAUUGCAGUGUUUCUAAUUCUGCUACUUCUUUCCAGGAAAUAAGCAGCAAAGCUACAGAGACUGCAAAGUUGAACAAGUAUCCGCCUCGGAUAGGCCCACGUGGUUAUCGUGGUAUGAAACCUCAAUGGGAAAAAGAGAUGGAGUCUGGUGAGUCAACGGAGUUCCAUAAUAUAAGAAGUGAACGUGCAAGGAAUUUUAUCCUUGCUAGGUUAAAACGUGAUCCCACAGGAAUAUACUCGUUACCUACUGAUCUCUACUCCUUGGCAUCUGAAUUGAAGAUGAAGAUCGAGGCUGAGGCUAUGAUGGAGGCCAAAAUGGAAGCCAAGAUAGAAGAGAUGAAUGCUCAGAUGGAAGAGAUGAAAACAUAUAUGCACCAGCUUCUCUCAAAGAAUGAAGGAAUACACAUUACCAGUCCGGUAUUGAAGAAAAAUAGUGUCGUCUCGACUGUAUCAGAUGAGUUGGAUGGGAUAAAGACUCCUACUGCUUGCGAGUUAGUGAUACCAUACGGCGCAAUGAACCAAAAAUGUGCAAAAGGGAUGGUCUUUCCAUAUGGGAAUGGACAAAUACAUUCAGUUCCUUUAAAUGCAAAUCAUUUGAGGGUAUCCAUAGACAAGAUCUAUGACCAAUAUGAUUGUAUCCCUCUUCCUGUCUCGACCGAAGAAGCGAGUAAGUUGUGUGAGGCGCUUCAUGGUAUAGUUCAGUGGCCAAGGAAUGCAAUUAAGAUCAUUCAGUCCUCACAGUUCAAGCCAAAUGUUGAACAAGAUAAAAGAUGUUCCUCUCUACCGGUAGCUAUCGACCCGCAACCUCGCAUAACCAAGAGUGUGCCAGUAAUCUCGAAGGGUGUUAUGAAGAAGACCAAGCCAUCAAAGGAAAGUUUGAUACCAUAUAAUUCUAAUAAGCAAGUCGAACUAGAAAAAAUGCCCUUGGUCAUGAAAAGAAUGUAUAGACGUUUGAUGAAUCGUGAAGCUCUUGAUGAUGCGAUUUAUGUUGAAGCCGAACCCGGGAUCCUUGGAGCUCGGAAAAUUGAAACGUACAUUUACCCCGAGGAGAUUUUACGUCUGUUGAAUAAACAAUGGCUUGAUAUUAGUGUCAUAACUUGGUUUCAAAUCAUGUUACAUUCAAUGCUUGAAACACAUGGUGGGAAUAAAGUUAACAAAUGUGCUUUUAUUUCCCCAAGUGAGAUUCAAGCAACAAUAUGCGAGUCAAAUGGUGAGGGUGUUGUAAGUUACAUUGUUGAUGCAAUGCGCUUCCAUAAAGACAAACAGUUUUUUGUCGCACCCUAUUGGCAAGGAUUGCAUUGGAUGCUGCUAGUAAUCUGCCCUAACCAAGGCACAGGGGCUGUUGCAAGGCUUAAGGAAGAUAUCGAAACAACACACCCAAUGAAUUGGACACUUGUCGAGUGCAACCAACAACCAUCAGGUUGGGAGUGCGGUUUUUACAUCAUGAGAUGGAUGUUUGAGUUCGUGUUGACUCGACAAAAUGAAUUCCUAAACAAAAAAAACUGGAACGAUAAAAAACCAUUUCCGGAUUGGGUGUUAAAUGAAAUCAUCGUUAUGUGGAGCUCAAGGUUUGAGAGUAAGUAUUUGAGUCAAGUGCCCCUUUGA